UAUUCAUUUUCCACAUUCCACAGUCUCUUAGUUAAAAGCUCUGAACCCAUGACUAAAUCAAAGACAAGUUCCAGAGUGUUUUUUGGCAUCGAUGGUAAGAAACACCUGGCACGUCUCAUGUGUUUAUGUGUUUAGAUAAAACAGUUUAUCCUUUGCUAUGGAGACCUGAUCUAAUAGGCAAGAAAUAUCAUGGUCCUUUUUUCAUUCAUAUAAUGCAAGCUGCAUUAUAUGCAAUAGUAUAAAACUGAUUAAAUGGUUCACACUGUAAACUAUAAACAACUCUUUAAUGUCUCAGAGAAUAUAACUCAACACAGAGAAAGCAUCUCAUUCAGCUGAAACAUCUUUUAUCUUUAGAAAUUAGUUACAAUUUGCAACUGUGCCAAGUGUAAAUCCUUUAAUUAGACUUUAUAUGUGCUGAGAAAUCAAAUGAUGUAUUAUAGCAAGUAAGAAUGUGCAGAAACAGGAUUAUCACAUUUUUUUUUCUCAUUCUGAAAAAAAAAAUCCUAUAUUGUUUUGUAAGAUACAGCAGAAUGCUUUGAAAGUUGCAUUAUGAAGCUGGCCUCCAGCAUUUGUGAUAAACUCAAAAUGUAUUAUUCUUAUUGUUCAUGAUGAGUACUAAAAACCUCCUUUUUAAUGUGCAGCAGGAAACCUUUUUGGAGGGAAAUGUUUCUCCAAGCAGAUGGUUGACAUCAUUGCCAGACAGUUAUUAUAGUAAGACUGCUGGCUUUGAAUCACCAUCUGCAAAGUUUACAAAGUUUAAAGUUCACCUUUUCAAGAAUGGUUAGUGCAUUAGAAUCGUUGGGAUUCAUUUAAUAAUACUUAAAAAUAUGAGUUACACUUUAAUCCAUCGCAUGAUUUGAUACAGAUAUCUAUGUAUAUUGUACUUUUGACCUCAUGCCAGUCAGUUGUAUGGUUUUUUGGAAAUAAAUUUUAUUUACUAGUUAGGCUCUUUGGGAGUGCAAAACAAUAUGCUGCUGAUGAGACAAUCACUACAAUCUACAUAUUAGUUUUAUGGGAAGGUCACAGACAAAAUAUGACGAAGGUUUGUGUGGUCCAACGUAACACAGAAAGAACGUAAGCGAUUAAUCUGCUCUCAUUUUCAAAGGUUUCCAAACACAUAUGUUAUUUUUGCUCCAGUCAGAUAUUUCAGUCCAAUUACAUUGUUCCAUUAAAAGAAAAUCACAUGGAAACAAGAUGAGGCGCUUGAUUAUGUUGUUUCCAUCAAAAUACAGGGGAUAUAAACAUGCACCAGGAAACAGCUUUCUGAAGGUUUAAUUGAAAGAGUAUGCUGUUUAGUUCUGUUUCGGGGGCCCCAGGAAGUCAUGCAGACGAUGCAUGUUCUUGUAAGGGAAGUUCUAUAGGGACCAAACUUUCAAAAAAGUUAUGUAUUAUGCAUUUGGUAUCACAGAGGUCCCUUGUGUGUUCUAAAUUUAAAAGGGCAACUAGUUUCCACUCAGACUGACCGUUCCAACGCAUUUCCACUGUUGUGUAAUUGCCUCAAAGGCUUUUAUUGUUCAAAACAAAUUUGAAAUAUCUCUCACCAACCUUAAAUAAAAGCCCAAAACCGCAUAUUAUAAUUAUAUGUGCCUUUGAUCUUGAGCGUAAUGUUUCGUAGGAAACAUUACUCACUGUAUCCGGCAAAGAUAAGAACUCUGAAUAUCUGCUAAUUUAAAGGAACAGUUUACCCAAAAUGUUCAUGUAUUUUCAAUAACUAUAUGAUUUUCUUUAUUCUGCAUAAAGCAGAAGGACAAUGUCAGUCACUGUAUGAAAAAAAGAUGAAAUGAAAUGAAAGUGAAAUGAAAGUUCAUGAUGACUGAGAUGCAACAGGAAAAUGACAAAGUUUAAAUUUUUGGAUGAACUAUCCCUUUAAUAAGCAAUAGCUGAUCUCAGAGAAGCUGUGCACAGCACUUUCAAGAAUGUCUAGAGGACAGACUAGCAUUUGCGUUUCUUAGCAUUCAAAGGAAAACAUUUAUAAAUUGCGACAUAAUUGUUCUCUUGCCCACACUCCUAAAAAGAGGUUCGUCAUUUUGUUUCCCUUUUGAGGAAGUGAAAAUGCUGCAAAAACGUCUUGCAUCCUGUUUUUUUUUAAAACACCAAGAAUGCAUUUAAUUUAGCCUCAGCACAUCAUACUUACUACAAAUGAUACUACAAUUAUCAGCAAAUCAACAUCACUGAUGACGUGUCCAAACGCAUCAUCAGAUACGGGCAGAGCAUUAUUUUUUGUCUAAUUCUUUCAAAGUGCUCUUUGCACUUACACACACAUAUAUGUAUACAGCAACAGCAAGUUACUCACACUCAUGUCAUUCCAAAUCUGCGUGACUUUCUGGAAUACAAAAGCCGAUUUUUUUAGCAAAAGUUUUCAUUUUAGUGAAGUAUCAAUGCAUUUACAUAUUGUAAUACUAUACAAAAUAAGCCUCAAUGAGUCUCAUAUUUCUCACGUUAUACAUCAAUGAUAUUAAUUUCCACAAACAUCUCUUCCUGUCCCCGGGGCAACACCUGCGUGACAGAUCCAGACACAAACAGAGAGAACAAAACAGCAGAAAACAAAACAUGACUUUUGUUGUGUGUUGAUGAUUUUUUAUGACAACCAAGAGUGACAGAGCCAGUUGUAACCCAGAGAGAAACAAAAAUGCCUUUGUUUCUGGUCAGAGCUCGGGCAAAAGUGGUACGAAAAUGGUUAGUGAGGGAGAGUGUGGAUAAUGAUACUGUAAGGUAAGCUCUCUCUCUCUCUCUCUCUCAUACACACACAGACACACUCUUUGUAAGUGUCUUUGUCUCUCUCUCUCUUCACACACACACACACACACACACACACACAGUUGAGAACAGAGAGGUAACAGGCAGAUCGUUAACAUGGUUGGUGGAGGAGGGAGGGAAGGAAGGAGAGAGGGAGGGAGAAAGCUUGGCGACUGGCCCGCCCACUUAUGCCCCCAAGCCUUAUAAAGAACCUCAAGAAUGGGAAAGACCCUCUAAGAGAGCCGAGCCAAGCACCCUAAACAGCAUUCAGAGUUGGGACGAGUCAGAAAGAGGGCAAGAGAGAAAGAGAGAGAGGAUUAUAGGACGCUGCAUUCAUGGAUGAACAAGGAGAAGUAAAAGUCAAGAACGCGUGGCACAGGCCAGCGAUCAUCUUUCUGGCUACCGUUAUCACCUUUGGGAUCAUCACCAUGGUGGCCAUUUCUGUCGUCCAGAACAAGCCUUUACACCAGAAAUACAAAUAUGGAAUAGUUCUGGAUGCAGGUUCCUCCCACACCUCUGUGUUUAUCUAUGAAUGGCCAGCCGAGAAGGAGAACAAUACUGGCAUGGUACGACAGAAACACACCUGUAACGUGAAAGGCAAAGGCAUUUCCAGUUACUUCGCUAAUCCACAGGGGGCUGGUGCGUCUCUGCAGGAGUGCAUGGAGGAAGCCAGGCAGAAAAUACCCGCGCACAGACACCACGAAACCCCUGUGUACCUGGGAGCCACCGCAGGCAUGAGACUGCUCAAGAUGGAGAAUGACAAAGCCUCAGAGAAUGUUCUGGACUCUGUAGCACAUUCACUGAAGAGCUACCCCUUCUCCUAUCAGGGAGCUCGUAUCAUUUCAGGCCAAGAAGAGGGAGCUUUCGGGUGGAUUACGGUCAAUUACCUGAGCCAAAACUUGAGAAAGCCCACAGGAACGCUGGGAGCUCUGGACCUGGGUGGAGCAUCUACUCAGAUAACCUUCGUACCUCAACAGAAUAUUGAAUCAUCUGACAAUUCUAUUGACUUCAGGCUGUACGGAAAUGAUUAUCACCUGUACACCCACAGCUUUCUCUGUUACGGCAAGGACCAAGCUCUCAAGCUUUCUAUGGGCAAGAUAUUAGAGUCAACACUUAAAGCUGACGAGACAGACCCCGUUGAGUUAAGAGACCCUUGCUUUCACCCUGGAUAUAACCAAACCAGGACAGUUUCAAGUGACUUCAACACACCCUGUAUGAAAGACGUACAACUGGAAAAUAAAACCUUCUUUCACAUAGGGCUUGGGCAGUGGCCUCAGUGCCAACAAUCAAUCAUAAAGAUUUUUAACAACAUGACCUGUUCUUACUCAAAAUGCUCUUUCAACGGCGUUUUCCAGCCCUCUGUCUAUGGAGACUUUGGGGCCUUUUCAGCUUUCUUCUUUGUGAUGGACUUUUUAAAUCUGACAAGCGAUUCUUUAGACACUACAAAGCAGAAGCUGGCAGAGUACUGUUCUACACCGUGGAAAAAGCUUGUAGAAAACUAUCCCAAAGUAAACCAGAAGUACCUUUCCGAAUACUGCUUCUCGGCAACCUAUAUUGUCACUCUUCUGGAAAAGGGAUACAGUUUCUCCUCUAACAACUGGAAAGACAUCAGGUUCAUUAAGAAGAUAGGAGACAGUGAUGCAGGCUGGACAUUAGGUUACAUGCUUAACCUGACCAACAUGAUCCCGGCUGAAGCUCCAGACACGCCGCUGAUGCCUCAUGGGGGAUACGUCACAUUUAUGCUCCUCUUCUCCCUUCUAAUACUUGUUCUACUUCUUAUGGCCUAUUUCUAUUUCCGUCGGUCCACUAGAACAGCUCAGAAAGACAUCAUUUAAAUAGGGAUACUGUAGUUUGGUCUCUGUUUAUUGAAUGUUUAUUGCUGCAGAACAAAAUUUUGAUCAAUCCAAAAGGUUUUACAUUUCAAAUAAUCUGGAAAUCAUACCUCAUGUGAAGGAUAAACAGGUUUUUAGAGAGACAUAGGUUACAGAUUGCAGCUGAAUGGACAUCGGACUCUAUUCCUCUUCCUCUUGUGCUUUUUGUGACCACUGAAAGUCUUCUUUAAAAGUCAUUUGGGGACCUGGGUUAAAGGUGGUUGUUGAGCUUCCUUAAAAGGAAAUGUGCACUGACAUUCAUUAGAUCAUGUGCUUUUUUGUCUUAAUAAAGCUUCUUAUUUUAUGUAUAGAAAUCUUCUUGAUGCCAGUAUCUUUUUUUUUUACUCAUUAUAAAGAAUGUCUGUGAGGGUGAAAAAUCUUGUAUACUUUUUAUGCAUUAUGGUCAUAUUAAAAAAAUCACUGGAUAUCAUUGUUUAAACAUUUUUUUUCAGCAUAGCACAUUUUUUUAAUUCAUUGCAAAAGGGGUCUGUCAUUGAGUGUUUUUUUUUUUCUAUGCAUACUGAUUAUUGCUUUGUAUUGCAACAAUUUUGAAUACUCGUGUAACAGGAGAGUAAAAAAUAAUACUUUGUCCUAAAAAACAUUGUCAGCUUCUAUAAGGCACAUUCUGUAUAUGAAAUCCCCGUGUAUGGCUCUGAAGUGACUUGUAAAAUUAUGUGAAAUUGUUUUUAUAUAUUUAAACAAAACCUGUAGCAAAUUUCUAUUAAAAUUACAAAUGAC